AUGCCUCCUGGAGAGUGUACUAUAACUCUUCAGGACAUUGCUAUUCAAAUAGGGCUUCGUAUAGAUGGAAAGGCAGUCAUUGCAGCUGUAGGAGGUAAUAAGGCACAAAUUGUGGAGGACUUGCUUGGUAUUAGGCCACCUGAUGAUGCAUUUAUGGGGAGCAGUUUGAAGUUGAGUUGGUUGGACCAACACUUUAUACAUGUUGCAAUGCAUAAUCAUAAUGAACUUCAGCUGACUCGCUUUGCUAGAGCUUAUAUUCUGAGGUUAAUAGGUGGUUUCAUGUUGGCUGAUCAUUCCUCUAGUAGGGUCCCAGUUAGGUACCUUCCAUUGCUUGAGGAUUUUACUAUCAAAGGAGAGUAUAGUUGGGGAGCUGCAACAUUGGCAUUUCUAUACCGAGAGAUUAACCCCACCCUACUACUUAUGAUGUGGGCAUGGGAUAGGUUUCCAUUUUUACAACCUAAUAAUUCUAUCCACACACGACUAGAUCUUCCUUAUGAUGCACUGUGGUUAGUGAGUCAGAGUUAUAGUAGAGGAAAAAGAGAUCUCGCUUACUACAGAUAUAAGUUUGAUCAUUUGAAAUGUGAUGAGAUUGUAUGGCAACCGUAUAGUAUGGAGUUGAUGAAUUCUUUGCCUGCCAUAUGCACUGAAGCAUCGAAUAUUUGGAGGUCAGUUGUGCCACUUAUAUGUUUUCAAAUUUUUGAGUGCCACCAGCCUGACUGUGUAAUGCAACAAUUUAGGAUGGUUCAACAUAUUCCUCGUGCUCCAUACCAACCUGACCAGCUACAUGACAUUACUUUAAGAAGGAAGACUGGUGAGAAUUGGUUGGCUAAGUUCAAAGGCAUAGUGGAGCUAUGGGACAUGCAUCAGGCCUGGGUAAUGACUAAUGAUCCUCAGAUUGGGUUGUUAAGUUCUAACUCUAAAUAUAUGCGAUGGUACAUUACUCACACCCGACGAUGGAUGACUAGGGAUGCAGCUAUAUUUGCAUUAUUUGGAGAUGCUCAUGAAAGAGCAUAUUACUUGUGUAAUGAUGGUAAAGACUCAUUUUCAUUUGAGAAGAUGAAUGAGUUAUCUGAUCCGGCCAUUGACAUUGGUCAACUUGCAGACCGUAAGGAAGGAAAAGAUUUGCAAUGCCGUCGAACAGAAGUGAAGGAGGCAAAGUGGUCACUUCCCUCUUUGCCAGAACGCAGAGACGACAUCUAUUAUAUCCCACCACAGUUUUCCUUCAACCCUUCCCAGGCCAUGAGGUCAUCGAGUGGGCAGGGAUGGGAAACAUCAUCAAUGCAAGUAGGUUCGGACCAUGGUAUUGAUCUUAAUGCAGAUUUUAUUGUUGCUGCUGAUGCAGACGUACAAGAUGUGCGUCGGAACCCUCAUCGUGAAGCACGAGAUCGUCGUCGAUAG